CGCCACCACCUCCGUCACUUCUACCCAUAACGUACUUCACAGGCCGUCGGGUCCGUUUAAAAGUCAUCAUGGUCGUACUCGCCGCGUCAAUAUGUACCAAAGGCGGCAAAGCCGUCAUCUCUCGUCAAUUCCGCGAAAUGUCGCGCGCUCGGAUCGAAUCCCUCCUCGCCUCCUUCCCCAAACUCAUCCCCACAAACACGCAACACACCUCAGUCGAGACGCCCGACGUGCGCUACGUCUACCAGCCGCUCGAAGACCUCUACAUAGUCCUCAUCACGAACAAAGCGUCGAACAUCCUGCAGGACAUCGAGACGCUCCACCUCUUCGCGCGCGUCGUGUCGGACAUGUGCAGGAGCGCGGACCAGAGGGAGAUAUUGAAGAACAGCUUUGAACUGCUCGGCGCGUUUGAUGAGAUCGUCAGUUUGGGGUAUAGGGAGAUGGUUAAUUUGAUGCAGAUUAGGAGUGUGUUGGAGAUGGAGAGUCAUGAGGAGAAGAUUCAGGAGAUCAUUGCGAGGAACAAAGAAGCGGAAGCGAAAGAAGAACUCAAACGCCGCGCCAAACAACUCGAAAUGCAACGCCGCGAACAACAAAAACGCGCAGCCGCAGGAAUGGGCGGGGGCGGUAACAGUGGCGGCUUCGGUUCAGGCAUGGGCAGCGGCGGCGGGUCCUCAGGAGGCUACGCACCCGUCCCACAACGGUUCGACGCGCCCUCGCCCGCGCCUCGUACCGCUUCGCCUGCACAGUCGUCGUUGAGGGCGCCGGCGUUCAAGGGUAGCGGGAUGAAGUUGGGGAGUAAGAAGACGAAGCAGGCGGAGUUGUUGGAUGCGUUGGGCGGUGAGGCGUUGGUUUCGGAGGAUAUGAGCCAGCCGGCGACGCCGGUGCCGACGACGUCGCCUGAGCUUGGGGCGAUGGGUGGUGGGCCGGCGUCGAGGCCUAAAGAUGCGGGGAGAGGUAGUGUACCAGCCGUCACACCGGAGAGUAUCCACAUUGUCACGAAGGAGACCAUCAACCUCUCGCUCUCCCGCGAAGGUGGUCUCGAGUCCAUGGACCUCAAGGGCGACAUGAACCUCCAAGUGUCGGACCCUGCCCUGGCGCGGAUCAAGAUCGCACUGCUCCCUCCGACGAACGAUUUCGGCCACGAGUUGCAGUUCAAGCAACAUCCGAACGUGGGCAAGUUUGUGGCGAAUAAGGAGAGGGUGAUCGCGUUGAAGGAUCCGAGCAGACAGUUCCCGGUGAAUCAGAGCUUGGCGGUGUUGAAGUGGAGGUAUACGGGGAAGGAUGAGAGUUAUGUGCCGUUGUCGAUCAAUUGCUGGCCAACGCCAUCGAACGACGGGACGUGUGACGUGAAUAUCGAAUAUGAGCUUGAGAACGAGACAGUCUCACUCUACGACCUCGUCAUCUCCAUUCCUCUCCCCGCCGGCUCCUAUCCAACCGUCACAUCUCACACCGGAGACUGGCAACUGAACCCCUCCUCACACUCACUCGACUGGACCAUCCCCCUCGUCAACGCAGACGACCGCUCCGGGACGAUGGAGUUCUCCGUAGGAGGCGACGACGUCGGCGCUUUCUUCCCUGUCAAGGUGCAGUUCGUGGGACAGGGGAAUACAGUGGGCGUUCGGGUGGGGAGCAUUACUAUGGUAGAGAGCGGGGAGGAGGUGGGAUAUUCGGAAGACGCGGUCGUUGCGGUCGAGAAGUACGAGGUUGUUUAGAUUGUAGGGAUGGGGAUGUAUGAGUGCAUGGGUGAUGUGGUGGACGGAUGGUUUAAAAUGAUAUAUAUGGACUUUCU